GGUGGGGUUGGAGGGAGGGUCAUGAGAAUCUUCGUUGCUUUUGAGAAUGUUUGCGAACCUUUUGACAUUUUACCAACCCAGACAGUCCAAUCCAUCAAAUUAAUGAUUCAGCAUCAUUUUCACAUCUCGCUGUCGGACGACAAGCAGGGGCGCAGGUUCUUACAGCUGAUUUACGCUGGGGCUGUUUUACAAGAAAGCUGGGUGCUAGCCGAUGUGGGAGUAACUCCAUGCUCAACUAUAAGAUGCCUCAUCAAGGAGGAGGAGAAACCUGUCCUCUAUAUAUACAAUUCUCUGACGAGGCAAACGCUCCCCAUCAUGGAGAGACCCCUGUUCUUAUCUAUGACAGUAGCCUCAUUGAAGAGUCUGGUGUCGCUGAAGUCAGGACUUCCAGUUAGUACUUUCCGUCUCAGCACUUCAGCAGGUACAGAACUGUAUAACUGCAACAGAAUUGAUGACUAUCACAUCGACCUAGGGAGCACGAUUCGGCUGGACGUAUGGGACGGCUGGAAAGUGUUCCUGACAGGCUGUUUACUGGGACGGAAACACAUCAUCCAGCGGCAUCUGUCUGAAGAGAAACCUACAGCAAAGUUUCAGCAGCGAGUGGCACUCUACUUGGCUGCCUAUUUGGGGUAUUUAGACCUUGCUAGCUGGCUCCUACAGCAGGGAGUGCGAGCCGAUCUGCCGGUUGGUAUCCACCCGUACCGGGAGUGGUGUCACCAAACUGACCACCCUGACAUUAGCAAGUGUGCAGUGCAUGCAGCAGCCGAGACUGGGCAGCUUAUGUUGCUGAAAGCAUUCCUAAGCAACAACCUCCUGUGCUUGGAAUGCCAAACCUCAGAAGGCCGCACCCCACUGAAGAUCUGCAUUCAACAUGGGCACAAGGAAUGCGUCUUGUACCUCGUGGCAAAACUCUGGUCAGUGGUUUCGUUCGCUGGGCUCCCCAUCCCGCUCAGACUCUAUGUUAAAAUCAAGCGAUGGCUCAGUAAGGCGCAAAGGCGGGUACGUUCAAAGCAACUGCCAGAACAGGUCUAUAAAACGAGGGUUGGGGACACCAUUUUUGUGGACGGUUUCACUGAGGCCAAGAUGACUUCCAAACUCAAAGACAAAAUGGUGAAGAGGCCACCAGGGCAAAGGGUUACACUGCCUCCAUUGAACUACCAGAAAAAGGGUCCCAGUGCCUUCCAUUCCAAGCAAGGUGGCCAGGUUCCUACAAAGCCGCUAAUGCAGCAAAAGAAAAGCACAGAGCCGCUGAGAGGGCUUCGUAAAAUGAAUAACUUGGAUCAAAACAUGUGCAGAGUUAACGUUUCUCUCCCACCAGUAUCCAGAGAUACCAACCCAAGACCACAGUUUUUUUACUCAGGACCGAAUCCUACGCUGCUUCUGACUUCAUCACUCGACUCAUUUUACCACCACACUGGGAGAACACCACGAGAGAAUGCCAUUUACUGUUUGGCUCUUGCAAGUGCCUUUAAGGAGAAGUCUUGGCUGGAGCAGCUGGAGGUGGCGAGGAGUCUGGCUAGAAGAACUGUUCGGAAACCCAUCUGCUGAAGGCACCAGGAAGAUCCAGUUGUAAAAGAAGAGAAUGAAAAUUGGCAUAGACAAAAUGGUGUUGUUUUACUUAUUGCUUGAAAGGAAUUUACUGUGACCAAGUGAUUAUCACUGAGUUCAAGCAAUGCAGCCCUAUACUUCAGUGUGAAUUUCAUGCUUAUUAAGGUGACGGGUGCCACGAGAGAAAGGAGAAAUUUUCCACUUCACUGCAGCCACUCAGGUCAUAUAAAGCAUUAGGUUAGUUCUGUGGCAAUGCUGUCCAUCAAUAUCUUCUGAUUAUUCCACAGGUAACACGCUGGUAAAGCUGUGUUCAUCCAGCUUCAUUAGCUGUAGGGUUAAAUUUCCUCUAUGUGGACUGAACAACAGAUCAAAUUCUUGUAUUGCACAUUACAGAAUUGAUAAUAAAUAUACUUAUUCAAACAAUCAGAAACUCAUGGGCCCCCAACCCAAGCUCAACUUUCCAUCCAUUAGAAACAUAAGACCUCGGUUAGAUUUAAAUCAGAGCUCCAAAGUUAGUGC